AUGAUCAACGACAAGCAUUGCUUUGAGAUGUACGGCUACGAUGUUCUGAUAGACGUGGACUACAAGCCCUGGCUUCUCGAGGCCCGGUUCGUUGCGGUUCGCGGACAGGUGAGACGGAACGCUUCGUUGAAAGUGAAUGCUUCACCCUCGUUGACGGCAAAUACCGUGGCAGACUACGAAAUGAAGUACGGUCUGCUGGAUGAUCUGCUAACGCUUUUGGACUUCGAGAAAUAUUUGGCGGGCAAUGAACUUCAAGUUGGUGGCUUUGAUCUACUGUACAAGGAUGGCUGCCGCUACUCACCGCCAGAAGGAUCCGUCUUCACCUCUUACCUAGGUGCUUACAACAACCGUCUAUCUCAGUUGGAGAAACUGGCAAAGACACGUGCCUGGGAACUGAGGAACACGAGCAAAUCGACCGGUGGCUUUUUCGGCGAGGAAGAAGUUGUGCGGUCUCAGCCAUCCCGAAGGCAUGCAGAGGACAUCAGGAACCCUUCAGAUCCCAGUUGUGCCCGGACUGUUCGAUCCUAUCCUGCCCCGGCGGCUGCUGGCAAGAAUUGA